UAGUUAGUGGCGAACGAAUCUUUUUGUGAAAAUAGAAAAGGAAAAGUAUGUUAGCAAGUUCAUUGCAUUUGCACGCUGUUCCCCGAGUCUCCAUUGCGUCAAGUGACAAACCCAAGCGUUAGAUUUCUUUCAGGAAUUGAACCCUAAAACGCAGAAUAUCAUUUGGAAAGUGAAGAAGCUAUGAUAUCUGAGUCCAAGGAAGUUGCAGCCACCAGCGACACACUCCAGUCCAUAUGCUACAAGCGCGGUUCCCUUCAGCUUCUUGAUCAGAGAAAACUCCCUCUACAAACAGUUCACUUGGACAUUCGGGAUUCAACCGAUGGCUGGAAUGCAAUACGGGAUAUGGUGGUCCGGGGAGCACCUGCUAUUGCAAUUGCAGCAGCACUCUCUUUGGCUGUGGAGGUGUUCAAUUUAGAUGAUUUUAAUGGAUCAGCUGGUGAUGCUGUUUCCUUCAUCCAGAAGAAAUUAGAAUAUCUUGUUUCAAGUCGGCCAACUGCAGUGAACCUAUCAGAUGCUGUAACAAAACUCAAAGAAGUCAUAUCUAACGCUGCUGUUACCACUUCAGCAGCCAAGAGUAUUUUCCAGGCUUAUGUAGAAGCUGCCGAAGUUAUGCUUGAGGACGAUGUUGCCUCAAAUAGAGCAAUUGGUUCUUAUGGAGCUAGUUAUAUUCAACAACAAACAGAGAGACAGAAGCUUUCUGUUUUGACUCAUUGCAAUACUGGAAGUCUGGCCACAGCUGGAUAUGGUACUGCUUUGGGUGUGAUACGUGCACUUCACAGUGGAGGAGUUUUAGAAAGGGCUUAUUGCACAGAAACACGCCCUUUCAAUCAAGGAUCUAGACUUACUGCCUUUGAGCUGGUGCAUGAGAAAAUACCAGGAACUCUUAUAGCAGAUUCUGCUGCAGCUGCAUUAAUGAAAGAGGGCCGUGUGGAUGUUGUUGUUGUUGGGGCAGAUCGCAUUGCAUCAAAUGGUGACACAGCCAACAAAAUUGGAACCUACAGUGUUGCCUUGUGUGCGAAGUUUCAUAAUGUACCCUUUUAUGUUGCUGCCCCCCUGACUUCCAUUGAUCUAUCACUUUCUUCUGGACAAGAAAUUGUCAUUGAGGAGAGAUCUCCCAAGGAAUUGUUGAACACGCACGGAGGACUUGGAGAGCAGAUCGCUGCCUCAGGAAUUUCCGUAUGGAACCCAGCAUUUGAUGUUACACCUGCUAAUCUUAUAGCUGGGAUCAUCACUGAGAAGGGUGUCAUUACCAAGACAUCUGCUGGUGAUGCUUUUGACAUUAAAGCUUUCAUACAGAAAACAAGUUGAGGGCUGAACCGCUGAUAUUUUCAGUGCCAAUGACCCAUGGUGGUGGAGUGAGAUUUUUCUCACACGUUACAAUGUUGUAGAUUUGGAAAGUAUUUGCGUUAGAGAAGUGUUGUGGCAGGAGGACCAGCUUGUUCAAAAUAAGUUUCCCAGAAAAAAUAUGCGGAGCCUAGUUAAUAAGCAAGUCAAUAAGAAAUUGGUGGCAACCAUUGCUUGUGUGGUUAAAUUGGAUUGGUAUGGAUUCUUUGAGAGCCUCUUUGGGACUCAAGUUAGAUAAAGACUUGACAGUAUAAGGCCUCGUUGUAUAACAUGAUAAAACUUUAAUAUUAUGCAGUGUUUGGU